AUGGAAAUCCUGACGCGCGAAGUUAAUCCUGAUGUAUUGGCUGAUCUGCAACCGCCGCUGUUACGGCGCAUUUAUGCCGGUCGUGGUGUCAGCAACAGCCAGGAAUUGGAUCGCUCGCUGCAGGCGUUAGCCUCUCCAGUUAAGUUGCCUGACGUGCAGUUGGCCGCAGAACGCCUGGCGGAUGCCAUCACCCAGCAGCAGAAGAUCAUGAUUGUUGGUGACUUUGAUGCUGAUGGCGCUACUGCGGUGAGCCUGUGUGUAAAGAUCCUGAAAGAUUUUGGCGCCGAGCGCGUAGAAUUUCUGGUGCCCAAUCGUUUUGAGUACGGAUAUGGCCUGUCACCGGAAAUUGUAGAUCUGGCUAACUCAUCGCAACCUGAUCUGAUUGUGACUGUCGAUAAUGGUGUCUCCAGUGUGGCUGGGGUUGAACGGGCCCGUGAACUGAACAUCGAUGUGAUUGUGACGGAUCAUCACCUGCCGGGUGCAGAACUCCCCCGCGCAUUUGCCAUUGUUAAUCCUAAUCUGCCUGACGCCGGGUUUCCCAGUCGUAAUAUGGCUGGAGUUGGCGUGGCGUAUUACGUGCUGGGGGUUGUGCGCACAACAUUACGUGAUCGCGGCUGGUUUAACGAACACCGUCCGGCACCGAACCUGGCGCAAUACCUGGAUCUGGUUGCUCUGGGUACCGUGGCGGAUGUGGUGCCUUUAGACGCCAACAAUAGAAUUCUGGUGCAUCAGGGUGUUGCCCGCAUGCGUGCGGGUCGUUGUCUGCCGGGCAUCAAGGCACUGGCUGAAAUUGCGAAACGAUCCCUGGCGACCUUGUCCGCCCAGGAUCUGGGUUUUGCUCUGGGCCCGCGGCUGAAUGCAGCAGGGCGUCUUGAAGAUAUGAGCAUCGGCAUUAAAUGUCUGCUGGCGGACAGCCUGCCCGAAGCCCGACGUCUAGCCACAGCGCUGGAUCAGCUGAACAAAGCCAGGCGCCAACUGGAACAGGAUAUGGUGGGUGAUGCUGAGCUGUUGCUUGCUCAGGAUCAGGCGGAUACCGAUCGAGUAGGUUUAACCGUCUACCAUGAAUCGUUUCAUCAGGGUGUGGUUGGCAUUGUUGCAGGACGCCUGCGCGAAAAAUUCCAUAAACCUGUGAUUGCCUUUGCGGAUGCUGGAGAUGCGGCACCAGACGAGCUCAAGGGUUCUGCACGCAGCAUCACCGAUCUGCACAUCCGUGAUGUGCUGGAUCGGGUUGCGUCCAGCCAUCCUGGGUUGCUGUUGAAGUUUGGCGGCCAUGCCAUGGCGGCGGGGUUGAGUAUCAAGCGCGUCCACCUGACACGUUUUGCGGCUAUUUUUGACAAAGCUGUACAGCACUUCAGUCACGCAGAGAUGUUGCAGGCACGCUUGAUCACAGAUGGGGAGCUGGAUGCACACGAGUUAUCUCUGCAGAUGGCGGAACACCUGGCGGCUGCGGGUCCCUGGGGCAGUGGUUUUCCUGAACCCUCAUUUUGUGGUGAGUUUGAACUUGUCAGUCAGCGGGUUGUAGGUGAACACCAUCUGAAAAUGGUGUUAAAAAAAGACGCCCGGGUCAUUGAUGCCAUCGCUUUCCGGCAGGGGCCGGUGCCGGCCAGUACCCAGCAGGUGCGGGUAGUCUAUAAGCUGAGUAUUAACGACUAUGGUCAGAUUCCCACGCCACAACUCAUGGUGGAUUUCCUCCAAGCCCUUUGA